CAGAGGUAAACAUUGCUUAUCGCUGUCUCUUCUCGCACCGUCGCACCCCCAGCAUUGCUUCGCUUCUUGUAUAUCCUUCCCUUGUCGCUCGCUGUUACCACGGAACGAGUGACGAGGUUGUAUCGUUCCUUCUUGCUUCCACGAUUCCGCAUCGCACCGCAUCGAUCGAGCUCGAGAAUAGAACACAAGCCACGGCCCUGGGAAGGACAGCUGCAGCGACGUUGAGCAGGGCAAGAGAAGGCGCAUAGAACGAUCGCAAGCAGGAGCGCACAUGUGGGCGGAUUCUCGCUGCACGCUGUAGCGAGCGCGUGGACAUUUCCUCACUGCGGCUGCCAUCGCCGUGCCGCCAUGGACGCCGCCGGCCAUGUUCUCUUCCACGCCGCCGACCUCGUCCUGCGCCAGGCCACCGAGACGACAGACACCGCAACGGGUACGAGUUCGGCAACGGCUACAUCUAUGGCAGCUGCAGAAAAGACGCCCAGGCCCGGCUUCUACAAGAUUGUGGGCAUUGUGCUCGCCGUGGCAUCUGGCCUGUUCAUCGGCAGCUCCUUUGUUAUCAAGAAGGUGGGCUUGCUGAAAGCUAAUGUCAAAUACCAAGAGGAAGCGGGCGAGGGCUAUGGAUAUCUCAAAAAUGCCUGGUGGUGGUUGGGCAUGACUUUGAUGAUCGUCGGCGAGAUUUGCAACUUUGUCGCCUAUGCCUUCACAGACGCCAUCUUGGUCACUCCACUGGGCGCCAUAUCCGUCGUUGUGUGUGCUGUUCUGUCUUGGUGGAUUUUGAAAGAGCGCCUGAGCUUCGUGGGUUGGGUCGCCUGUUUCCUCUGUAUCGUUGGAUCCGUUGUCAUCACGCUUAAUGCGCCAGAGCAAUCGGCUGUGUCCAACAUUCAGGAGAUGCAGAGCUACGUGAUCGCCCCAGGAUUUCUUGUUUUCGCUGGAGUCAUCCUUGUCGGUUGCGCGUGCGUCGCCUUCUUCGUGGCACCAAAAUACGGGAAGAAGAGCAUGAUGGUCUACCUCACCAUCUGCAGCUUGAUCGGCGGCCUGAGUGUGGUGGCGACUCAAGGCCUUGGAGCAACCAUUAUUGCGGCCAUCGGGGGUGAACAACAGUUCAACAAGUGGUUCACAUAUGUGCUGCUCGUCUUCGUCAUCUGCACGCUCCUGACCGAGAUCAUUUAUCUCAAUAAAGCUUUGAACAUCUUCAAUGCAGCACUAGUCACGCCUACCUACUACGUCUACUUCACGUCGUCGACCAUAAUCACAUCGGCCGUGUUGUUCCGUGGCUUUCAUGGCACGACCAACCAGAUCAUUGAUGUGGUCAUGGGUUUCCUCACCAUCUGUUCGGGCGUCGUGUUGCUACAAUUGGCAAAAUCGGCCAAGGAAGUACCUGAAACGAAGAUUCUGACCAGCGACAUGGAUCAAAUCAGAGCCGCAGCCGAGGUAGAGGAACCAGAGUAUGAGCCUCGCGCAGACACUAUUCGUGGUGGUGCUGGAAUCAUCCGAGCUCUGAGUAAGGCGAGGACGAAGAGAGAAGCCGACGAAGCGAAGCGAAUCCACGAGGAGCGCAUGGAACCCAUUGGCGAGAACGAGAUCGUGGAGUGGGAUGGACUGCGACGAAGAAAGACCGUCUCCACGCAGGGCGGGUCAAUACAUCGGCCCAGAACUGCACAUCCUCCUCUUGGCAUGUCACAAUUCCCAGACGAUGUUAGCGAACCUGAAAGUGAAGUGCACCCGGGCUUUUUCGGUCGCAUAGGCAGAACGAUUACUCAACGACGGGAGCGAGGACAUAGCCCUGUGGCUCUCGACAACGUGGCGAACGACAAGCAAGGAGCGCGAGAGCAUGUUUACACACGACCUGGGAGUCAGCGACAAGUGGACGGCCACGACGAUGACGACACCGAGUAUAAGGGAGCCGGAAGCGGCUCGCAUAUACACUUCUCUGACCAAGUCAGCGAACGAGACCGGGCGGAUUCGCAAUCUAGCAGUCUUGCGCCUCCGCGACCGCCUCCGCAUGGCAGCGGUAAUCGACCUGGUACUGCUGCGAGUCGCUCGUUCUCAUUCCAGAACGUUUUCUCUCGCAAUAGAGCCGAAUCAGGCGCCACCGACGGACCCAGGCCCAUUAGCAGAGGCGCCUUAUCCUUCACAAGCCGAGGCAGUCAAAGUCGAGAAUACCCAAGAGCUCGCGCCGAGACAGAAGAAGAACGAUUGGGCCUAGUACAUGGCGACUCUCACAAAGCUCUACCAGUAUACACAGAAGAAAUCGAAGAACAAGAACGAAGAAGUGACAGUUCCGAAUGGCAAGUCACAUCUGGCGCGAGCUCGAGCCCGGAAGUUUUGAGCACGAGCGGCGACCUUGGAGCCGGCGGCCGCAGACGACGCGAUGAUUUUGAUGAUGAUGACGAAGAUGAUCUUUAUGAUUCGCACGUGCGACGAGAAGAUAGUGGAGGGACGGGGAGAAGUGGAAGGGCAUUUGUCUAGCGUUGGAUGCUUUCACGACGACGACACUUACGGCUGCUGUUGGUCUCAUCAUCUGGUUUUCGUCUCGGUCUUUCUCAUUUUGCUACUACUACCACAACUAGCAUGGCGUUGGUGGAGGAAAAGGAUAUUGUUGAUGCGGAGAAAUUUUAUGUUUGAUGCAUGGAAACAUGAGGGAUCAGUGCUAGUUGCAUGUACAUACAUGCAUAUACAUAUUGAAGGGAGAGACUUUGUAAGAAAUACAAAUCAUGAGUGCUC